AUGCCAACAACUACGAUCCCACCAUUCGGCUCCCCCCUAUCCCACAAAUUCCCCCAAAGCAUCCCUCUCCCUCCUAAACCCUACGACGCAGUGAUAGAUACCGCCUUCCACGAUGCCUACGCUAGUUGUGUGCACCACGAAGCUUACGCCCACUCCGUCCAACACGAAGCCAACGCUACCAGCAACGUCACGAGCAACGACGACGCGCUCCGACUCAUAUGGCCCCGCUUACUCGGUUUUCUAAUCCUCGAAGCUCCCACAGAUGUGGGGAGGAACGCGAUGGCAGGGGAGAUAUUAGAAUGUCAAGGCGACCCAGAGAAGAUGGACGCGUUAGCACGGUUUUAUAUGGACCAUCUGAUUCGGUCCGAUCAGCCAGACCGACAACACCUCCACCCUCUCAUGACGAGGACUCGUUCGAAGAACACAGCAGCUCAGCCUCCUUCGUCGCGCGUGCGGUCGAGUCUGAACCACGAGAUCAUCAAGCUGCUAAGAGAUCCGUGA